AAAUCCUAAUAAUAAUACACCAGUAACGCGAAAUAAGUCAGAACACACUCUAGAUUUACUAGUUUUUAUUCUCCGCUUUGACAACUAUUUUUCAAGGGCAUCAUUCGAAGUUACUCGAGAAAAUAACCUCGCAAUGAAGGUCAAGAUCAAGCAAUGGAAUGCAGUUGCAUCAUGGAGGUGGGAUCUUCCGGAAGACGACGUGUGUGGUAUUUGUCAAGUCCAUUUUGAUGGAACUUGCCCAACUUGCAAAUAUCCAGGAGAUGAUUGUAGUCUUUUGUCCGGAAAAUGUGGACACAACUUUCACAUGCACUGUAUCAUGGAGUGGAUAAAGCAAGACUCAGCUAAAGGCCAAUGUCCGAUGUGUCGACAGAAGUUCGAAUGGGGAACAGAGACUGGGAUGCCUCAACAGUCUAUUGAAGAGCAGCAAGACACAAUAGUUGAGGAUCAGUGAUGACAGGAUUUGGGCAAUAUCAUACGUGUUUUGUUUUUAUCUCUUCCGCUUUCUAUACCCUUAUGCCAAUAGUCUUUUAACUUAUGAUGGAGUUUAGUCGGUGAAAGUAAGUGAUCUUCACGCGCUCACCCCUCGCACUAUACAAUUAUCUAAC